UUUUUUUAUUUUUUCUUUUUUUUUUUUUAUUCAUAUUACAUUGACAUAAAAGAAUGGGUGCUGUUAGUCGUUAUCCUUAUCCUAAAGAUGUUUGGUCUCCUGCUGGUGGUUGGUGGUCCAGACCUAAGAACUGGAAGUCCAAUACAGCUGUUGCUGCUAUUGGUAUGGCUGUCACACUUGCCGCUGUCUGGAAAGUGUCUGCUGAUAAAGAAGUUCGUUAUCAAGAACCCAAGCGUUGGAUUCCUUCCAUGUUGUGGGCCAAACAAUACAAAGACCAACAAUAAUUUCUUUACCCAACAACACCCUCUCUUGUGAAAUAAACAACCUUUUUCUGUCA